CCCAAAGCUCAGCGUACUUGCCGAAAUCCCCCUUUAGUCGGACGGAGCAGAACCGCCGAAGCUCACUGAUCAUGACCAGGUUGGCGGUGGUGUGUGGGGGAUCAAGGGGCAUUGGGCGGGCUGUAUCUCACCUGCUGGCUGCAAAGGGCUGCAGGUUGGCAGUUGUUUCCAGGAACCAAGACACUGCCCAGGCCACUGUGGCAUCUCUGAAUGGAGCUGACCAUAUGGCCUUUAGCUGUGAUGUUUCCAAAGAGCAUGGUGUCCAGAUGACCUUUGAGACAAUCCAGAAGACUUGUGGAAACAUCUCUUAUCUUGUGAAUGCUGCUGGGAUUAACAGGGAUGGUCUGCUAUUGAGGACGAAGCCCGAGGAUAUGGUGGCUCUACUUCACAACAACUUGCUAGGAACCAUGCUUACCUGCAAAGCAGCGCUACGGAGUAUGCUUCUGGCCCAAGAUGCAGCCAUUGUCAAUAUAGGUUCGGUAGUUGGGCUUAAAGGGAAUGUUGGCCAGAGUGUCUACAGUGCCAGUAAAGCAGGCCUGGAGGGCUUCACACGUUCACUGGCCAAAGAGGUCGCUUCACGCAAUAUCAGGGUCAACCUGCUCGCUCCAGGGUUCAUCCACACUGACAUGACAGCAGGACUGAGGGAAGAGGAAAUGGUGCGUGCUGCCACCCCCCUGGGGAGGUUUGGUAAGCCAGAGGAGGUUGCCCAGGCUGUCCUGUUCCUUUUGGAGUCCUCAUACAUUACAGGACAGGUCCUGGUUGUGGAUGGAGGUCUGCAGCUGGCCAUGUAGAGAAGAAGAGAUUCACCCUGCUGCAGCUCACUACCAGGAUGUCUAAUUACCCAUAAUGCCUUGUGAUGCAGGUUUUGAUCAAAUUGUGGAACAAAGGGUUGGCGUUCCCUUGAGCUUUGGCACUGAAUGGCAGUUGUUAAUGCCAGAUGAUAGCGCAUGUUUCAGUAUCAGCUGGAUGCAUUAUGGAACUCCUUGUUUGGCAAUACUAUUAUGCUAAAAAUAACUUUGGUCAUUGCACUGAGUGGACACAAAAAACGGGGCAAAGUUUUAUCACCUUUUUCUUUCUGUUUCUGUUCUUUCUAUUUCUAUCCGUUGUGAAAUUUAACAGGGCAAAGUUUUAUCACCUUUUUCUUUCUGUUUCUGUUCUUUCUAUUUCUAUCUGUUGUGAAAUGUUGUGCCAUAAGGUAGAAGGUAAGCCAUAAGACUGGAUGAGUAAAUGCUGCGUAGGGGUACAUCACUAUCCUAAAUCAUCCGUUUGCCAAUCAGAAUCAUCAAAGAAACAAACCUUUCAGUUUCUGACUGAGACUCUUCCACGUGCAAGCAAAUUGUGAAAUUGCAUACUUGGUACAUUUCAUUGGAGGCAUGCAAUUACACAUCAGCCCGAGAGUUGCCCUCUGCUUCAGCUUUGCGGCCUGCCCUGCACCUCUUUUCCCCUUGGUGCUGAGUCACUCUGCACAGCCACAGCGAACGCGGGGCCGGCUUGUGUGACAGUCCAUCAUGACUAACGCUGUUGACUCCAGAGUGUCUAGCCCACUUCAGUCCUUCGUGCCCUGAGGCCUCUGACUUUGAUCAGCGGAUUUAAUGCUGUUACAUUUUCUGUGACUGUAAGGCAUUCUGUCCUUACCAUAAGCUCUCAAGUUUCACUCUCUCAUUUCCCCUAAGAGACCCCCACACGGCCGACACAAGCCUCCUCACUGCCAGAGGCGCCCACCUCUGGAGGGGCCAGGGGAGAGGGAUUGGUGAGGGUGGACUACAGCUGGAGGGAAUUAGAGAUGGGAGGGAGGUAUUUUUAGCUCUGGGAAUGUUUUGAGUGUCCUGUUACUGGUUUGGUCCCGCGGUGUGGAUGGAUGAGGUUGGAGGUGACUGUCACGCCCAAUGCUGAGAAUUGGAACGCUGUGAUCUCAUCUGUUAUUUCCCCCCAUUCCUCAAUGAAACAUGCUCUGUUAACCCCUCCACACCAUGCCACUAAACUAUAGAAAGCA